AUGGCCCUCAAGCAUCGGUUUGGCCCCGCCCCCGUGGAGCUGGGCAAGACCUCCCUUGUCACCGCCCGGUGCAUCGCGAGGGGCCACGAGCUCCCCCAGCUGAGCCUGCAUGGCAUGGGCCUGAUCAGCCUGACGCGCCACAGCGACGGCAGCAUCACCUACAGCUUCGGCCCCCCCUGCGAGCGGGGCUUCCACGUAGACGUUCCCGCCGAGCCCCACCUGCUCUUCCAGGCGGGCAUCGACCGCUUCAAGGCGGACGCCCGGCGCAACGGCAAGGCCAAGACGUCCGUGCGCGGCCACGAGACCGCCUCCAAACGCGGCCGCGAGGCCGCCUCCAAGCGCACCAAGGAGCCCGCCGGCGCGCACGCCGCCGCCGCCACCCGCUCCUUCGACUUUGAGCUGCUGCCGUCGCAAACGGCCGCCGCCACCCCCCUGGCGCUGAGCCACACGCUGCCCAGCCACCACGGCGCGGCGGUGAGGGAGCGGGAUGCCCUGAGCCCGGGCCACGAGCACCGCGUGACCUGGCCGCUCACCGGCGGGGACAGCCUGGACACGCUGCCGCGCCAGGCCAUCUUCCACCGCUACAAUGCGUUGUGUGCCUCGGGGCAGCUGGACGCCACGCUGGCACUGCUGGAGGCCUGCCGCGCCGCGGGCCGCCUGGACGUGCUGGAGAGGCUGCGCCAGACGGUGUUCCUGCGGCGCGCGGCGGAGAACCGCGCCGUGCCCGCCGCCCUGCGCUUCCUGCAGCUGCUGCCGCGCAGCGCGGGGGACAAGCGCACCUACAACAUGGUCCUGGGCGUCUGCGCGGCGGCGGGGGACCUGCGCGCCGCGCAGCGGGUGCUAGACAUGGCCCGCACCCGGCGCGACGGCGUGGACGCUGCGAUGCUGACGCAGGUGCUCCGCGCCUGCGCGGUCACGGGCGACGUGGACGCGGCCUUUGGCGUCUACCGCGGGGCGCGAGAGGCGCGGCUGCCGCUGGACCGCCAGCUCUGCACCACGCUGCGCGCGCUGUCGGUGCUGGCCGACAUGCGUGCCGCGCGCCUGACUCCGGACGCCGCCGCCUGGAAUGCGCUGAUCACCACCGCGGGGCGCGCGGGCGAGCUCCAGCGCGCGCAGAGCCUGGCGCGGGAGAUGGCGCGGGCCGGGUGCCGGCCUGACACCUGGACGCACACCGCGCUGGUGGACGCCGCGGCGCGCGGGGGGAGCCCCACAGACGUGCGGGCGGCCUACACCGCCGCGCUGGCGGCCGGCGUCGGCGCGGGCAGCCAGGCCUGCCCGCUCUACACCGCCGCCAUCGUGGCCAGUGCACGGGGUGGGGCGGAUGCCGACGCCGAGGCUGGGCUGCGCAUCUAUGACGACAUGCGCAGGAACAACGUGACGCCCGACGCGACAGCAUACUCUGUGCUCAUCCAGCUGGCGGAGCGGGCGGGGCGGCCGGGGGUGGCCGCCAGCCUGCAGGUGGAGAUGGCCGCGCAGGGGAUCGCGGCGGCGCCGUCCAGGCUCGGGGGGGCGAAGAAGGGAGCGCUUCCGUCCGGCGCGGAGCCGGCGAUGCACGUCCACGCCACGCGUGGGGGCCUCGAGCUGCAGCUGCGCGGCAGCUCCCUGGUGGGCGCGCUGCAGGCUGCGGCGGCGGCCGGGAGUCUGGGCGACGUGGUGAUGCUGGUGGAGGAAGCCGUCGGGAAGGGGGUCCGCCCCGAUCAGGACGUGUUUGGCGCCGUGCUGGCCGCCUGCCACUCCUGCGGCGAGGCCAUGAAGCUCAUGGAUGUGGACGUGGAGGAAGCGCACGCCACGCUGCUCCUGCGCAUGUGCUACGCAGGGCAGCGGCCUGCCUCGAGGCAGGCCGGGUCUGGCGCGCCGGCGGGCGAGGCGCCCGAGGCAUACCGUACGCAGCAGGGCCGCCGUCUGCUCCAAGCGCUGUGGCCGGAGGAGUGCAGGCCUGCCCGGCUGAGCGGGAUGGGGGAGGUGGACUGGCACCUGCAGGCCAGCGAGAUAUUCAAGCACACCACGAAGCGCCAGGCCGGGGGCCCCGGCAGCCAGCCCCGGCUCCUGGAGCUGGCGCUGCGCUGCCUUCGCGUGCCCUGGGUCCCCCGCUCCCGCCCGGAGCGUGAGGGACACGAGCUGGCCUGGCAGCCCUUCCAGGGCCUGGGGUCCAUGAGAUAUGGCCGGCCAGGCAUGCCGGCCUCCCCCCUGGACUGGAAGGUGGGGAUCGAGGCCGUGUACCACCGCAACGCCCUUGCCAUCCUGGAGGAGUGCAUCGCCAGUGGGGCGCUGCCAAACUUCUCACUCCGGCGCGGGUCAAAGAUUGAUCUGCGUGGCAUGAGCCCUGCUGUGGCGGAGGUCUACGCCCUGUCUGUGGUGGCUGCCAUGCAGCGCCUGAUCAUGGCAGGCGAAGACGAGGCAAUCGCAACGCUCGUGCUGAAGGUGCCCCCCUACAAUGCCUCCUCUGUGCUGAAGCCGUCGCACAGCGCUGCGCCCCCUGCGCACCCCCCCGCCCAACCGGCGGCUCGGGUGGGCCUGGGGGUGGCGGGGGUGCUGCGCCGCCUCAGGCUCUGGACCAAGGAGGAUGGCGAAGCCGGGCGCAUCGUUCUGGAAAGGAAGACCGUGCUGAGCUGGACCAAACGCGUCACCAGGCGCGUCCUUGAGGGAUGGCUGCUGGAGGAGCGGAGGAAUCACGUCGCGGCGCUGAACAAUCCCUGCAGCCAUGCCUCCCAGAACCCACUGCUCUCCCAGCGCCGCAGCAUCCGGAGCCUGGACCUGUGA